UGACUUAUAUUGAAUUCCUUAGCCAUUUCGAUUAAUGUGUAAUUUACACUGAUAUUUUUAAUUGUAACACAGAAACUUGUCUUCUUUAUGGCUGAAAGAGCUCUACAAUAUGAAAGAUAAUAAGAAACAACGGAAGAAUAUGGAUAUAUCAAUUAUGUUCAAAAAAACUGGGAACCAAGAAUUUCACUCAAAGAAUUAUGUCUCGUCUCUGCAGUUGUAUACGAAAAGUGCACAGUAUGCUCCAUCAAAUAGUAUAGAAUUGUCAAUAGCGAUUGCAAAUAGAUCUGCCUCUCUAAUUCAUUUGGACAGAUGGCAGGAUUGCCUCAAUGAUAUUGAAUUGGCGAUCAAAUUAGGCUAUCCUGAGGAUUUACGAUAUAAGUUAAAUUUACGUGCAGCUCACUGUUACCUGAGAUUAGGUAAUAAAAAAUCAGCUGUUGAAACCCUUUUACAAAUGCAUAAUAUAAUGAUAAGUCAGCCUAAUAUGUCAAAUGAAAAGAAAGAACGGUUACAGAGGCAAAUGAAUGAAAUAACAUCAAGGAUAUCACGUAUGAAAGAUAAUGUAAAUGAUACAGAUACUACAAAUACUACAGAAUUUCCUUCACAGCCUGAAGUCACAUAUGGUGAAAAUCCUCACUUUCGAUCUGCAUCGACAGCUAUAGAAUUAAAACAAACUCCAGAAAAAGGGAGAUAUGUUGUAGCUAAUAGAGAUAUUAAAAGGGGUCAGAUUCUAUUCGUUGAAAAGGCAUUUGCCUUUGUCCCAUUAAGUCAUGUUCAAACUGAUAUUUGUUAUCAUUGCUGUCGCUCAUUUGGUGAUACUCCUAUACCGUGUACAGAAUGUGUCAACAGUAUGUAUUGCAAUAUUGAUUGUUGGAAUGAAGCAUGUUCAUCUUAUCAUCGUUGGGAAUGUCCUGGCAAUCAAAUGAGUCUGUGGCCACAGAUUGGAAUAGCAUAUUUGGCUGUAAGAAUGUUGUUUAAGUAUACAACAAAUGAUGAUAAUAGACUUGAUGAAGUGCAAGAGUUAGUAACUAAUUUUUCUAAACUUCCACCAUGCGAUGUUAUUUCGUAUGGAGUGACAGCAAUUAUGCUUAUGAUAUAUUUAUCAAAGUAUACCGAUUUUUUUAAAGUUGUCAAUUUUAAAGAAUGUCCAAUAUCAAAAUUCUCUAAUAAUUUUAACUGUGAUCUCGCGACAGAAGACAAUGAACGAUUGUAUGUAAGUUCUCUGUUAUUGAGGCAUAUAUUACAACUUAUUUCUAAUGGGCAUGCUAUCACAAAGUUAAACGCGGUAGCAGAUAAAAAUAAAAAUAAACUCCUAAUUCAACAAGAAGACAGAAUAGCUACAGCGAUUUAUCCUUCUGCAAGUAUGAUGAAUCAUUCUUGUGAUCCUAAUAUAAUUAAUAGUUUUUUAGGAGGGACUUUAAUAACCAAAGCCACACGAGAUAUUGCAGCGGGUGAAGAAGUUUUUAAUUGUUAUGGGGCUGACUAUAGAAGAAUGUUGAGAAGAGACAGACAAGAAAAGAUGGAAAGUCAAUAUUGCUUUAAGUGUGAUUGUGCAGCAUGCACAAAACCAGAAUAUGAAGAGUAUGAAGAUAUUUUGAAAAAAUUUACUGCGAUGAAAUGUCCUGAAUGUAGCGGACCAUUGAGUGAUAAUUGCCACUCUUCUUUGUACUGUAUAGAUUGUGGAGCAACAGUCUACAAUAAUAUUUAUAAUCAUACACUGAGUCGAGCACAAUUUCAUUUUACCAAAGCAGAAUUUAAUAUAGAGAAUGAAGAAUACGAAGACGCAAUAAUUAGCUUAAAAGAAUGUCUAUUUCUUAGAAAAGAAGCAUUAUAUAAAUAUCAUGAAGACAUUGCUGCCACAAUGGAUCUUUUGGCAAAAGUAUAUGCUAUUAUGGGACAAUGGUUGAAUUCUAUUUCGUAUCUUGAACACAGUAUUGUGGCAGUCGAAGAAAAAUAUGGUUCUUCGAGCGCAGAAGUCUGUAAUGAAUUAAACAAGUUAACAGAUAUAUGUCUGCAAUAUUUGCAAGAAGAAUCUAAUACAUCAUCAAAAUUUUAUAAAAACGUGUUGAAAAAAACACGGCGAUAUCUCAAUCGUGCUCAAGAAAUUAUAGAUCUCACAUAUGGUCCAUGGAACGAAGUGUAUCAAGAAAUAGCCGUAAAAAAGAAGAUUCUCUCCUCUAUUUUAAAAAAUUUUAAUGUCUGAUACUUGUGUGAUCACAAUCUGUAAAACGUUUAACAGAUAAUUGAAUAAAAAAAAAUGACAGGAAA